GCUGUUGUGUUUUUCUUUUUUAAGGAGUGGAUUGAUGUGAAGUUGAAGUGGGACCCAGAUGACUAUGGAGGUAUUACCUCCAUCAGAGUGCCAUCAGAGACAAUAUGGCUGCCAGACAUCGUCCUGUAUGAAAAUGCGGACGGUCGCUUCGAGGGUUCCCUGAUGACCAAAGCCAUUGUGCGCUGGGACGGCACCGUAACUUGGACUCCACCUGCCAGCUACAAGUCUUCCUGCACCAUGGAUGUCACCUUCUUCCCAUUUGACCGACAGAACUGCUCCAUGAAGUUCGGCUCCUGGACAUACGAUGGAAAUAUGGUGGACCUGGUCCUGAUUGAUCACUAUGUGGACCGCAAAGAUUUCUUCGAUAACGGCGAGUGGGAGAUCCUCAAUGCCACAGGGAUGAAAGGGAGCAGGAGGGAUGAGGUGUACUGGUACCCGUUUAUCACCUACUCCUUCAUCCUCAAGAGGUUGCCCUUGUUCUACACCCUCUUCCUCAUCAUUCCGUGCCUCGGCCUGUCCUUUCUCACUGUGCUGGUGUUUUAUUUGCCAUCGGACGAAGGAGAGAAACUGUCACUUUCCACAUCUGUGCUGGUGUCGCUCACUGUGUUCCUCCUGGUCAUAGAAGAAAUCAUCCCUUCAUCCUCAAAG